AUGAGAUGGACAGGAGCAGAGGUUAUAGAUCCAGGGGAAACUCAGGAGUGAAGAACAAGAGCAUUUGCAAUCACAUUAUUCUGCCCAACCUCAACCAGAUUACUGAUAUCAGCAGCUGAGAGGAGUGGACCCUGUCCUAUUUGUGAGAGACCAGGUGCAGCAGUCACCAUGGGCUUUGCCAUCUGUGUGUGUGUGCUAUCCGCAGUGAUGCUGAUGAUGGGUGAACUGUCAGCAGCACAAGGUUUCUCAACGAUUGCAACAUCUCCAGAACCAACAACAACAGCAGCUGAAGAGACAACAACUGCUUCUAUGUCAAAUGCAAUAGUAUCAUCAACAACUGCAACAUCUCCAUCAACAACUGCAAGAUCUCCAACAAGUACGGCAACAUCUCCAUCAAGUACAACGCUAACUACGGCAGCAUUUCCUGAACCAACAACAACCGAGGCAAUGACCACUUCAGCAUCAACAGCAGUAAUAUCAACGACUGCAACAUCUCCAAUGACUACCUCUACUGGCAUGCCUGGUUCACAAAGUGUACCCCUGAGUCCUGCAUUUGAUCCUUGUCAUGCCUACACGGUGCUGGAUGACGAAUGGAGGGCUGCUAACAAUACAAUCCACGAUAACUACAACAUCUUAAGGUGUGAUACUCAGUUCAGCUGGCAAGGCUGGUAUCGCAUGUUUUACAGGGGAACUGAUGCCCAUAUGCCAGAGUAUUGUGUGAGAAUGAACCGCUGUGGAGCCCAUGCUCCUUUGUGGCUAAAUGGAACGCACCCUCGAGUGGGAGAGGGUAUUGUGACACGGCAGGUCUGUGGGCACUGGAAGUGGGGAUCAUCCAAUCCAGAUGACUGCUGUAAAUUCGCCAACCCACCUGUUCGAAUCAAAGCGUGCCCUGGAAAUUACUAUGUGUAUGAAUUUGUUAGACCAUUCACCUGCUACCUGGCCUACUGCACAGAUGUUGGUGAUACUGAUUUAAACAGGAUAGCCCCAGAUCCAACAUUAGGACCAACCCCCCAACCCAUCACUGGCACGACAGCAAGCCUCCCUGCAGGUGUUUUUUACCCAUUUGGAGCAGGGGAUUCAUAUACCAGUCGUUCCGAUGAUGACUCUACAUAUGUUGGCAUAGCACAAUCAUUCCACUAUUUCAGGCAGACAUUAAACCAGAUAUAUGUCAAUAACAACGGAUUUCUCACUUUUGAUUCUGGAUGGCGAGGAUGGAGUCCAUACCAAUUUCCUGCUUAUGCACACCGCAACAUCAUUGCCCCAUUCUGGACAGACAUCGACAACACCCGCAGAGGCUACAUAUCCUACCAGCAGUACACCAGUGGCAGUGUUCUUCAGCAAGCCACUACAGACAUUAACCAGUAUUUCCCUGGGUUGAGCUUCUCAGCUUCCUGGGUCUUUGUUGCAACAUGGGACAAAGUGGAAUAUUAUGAGAAGUCAGGAACAGAAACCUCAUUCCAAGUGGUCCUUAUCUCAGGAGGUCAACGUUCAUUUGCUCUGAUGAAUUAUGGUGCCAUUGCUUCAACGCGCCAUCUAGUUCAGGCUGGCUAUGACACCAUCAACUCAGAACAUCAUUUCUCAAUCCCUGGGUCCUUCAAGAGCAACAUCACCAAUCUAAGACACACUAGCAAUGUCAACAGGCCAGGCCGCUGGGCCUUCCGUAUUGAUGAUGGACCACAAGGCUGCCAAUACAAUGGUUUACCUGUGCAGGUAGGGGACUCUUUCUGGAGAGAUGCCACCUGUCAGCAGAGAUGCACCUGCGUCAGUGGAGGCCUCCUCCAGUGCCAGCAGCAGCCCUGCAGCUACUCCCAGGCGUGUCGUCCAGCACCCUUCCAGUACUCCUGCCAGAAUAUUCAGCGCGGCACCUGCACCAUCUCUGGAGACCCCCACUACUACACCUUUGACGGGAGUGUCUUUCACUUCCAGGGAACCUGCACAUACGUCCUGUCAGAGGCUUGUGGCAAUGGACUGCCGUACUACCGGAUUGAAGGGAAGAAUGAACAUCGGGGCAGCACACAUGUGUCUUGGACUCGUCUUGUAAGAGUGUGGGUUUAUGAUGAGGAAAUUGAACUUGUCAAAGGCAAUCAGUACCAAGCAAUGGUGAAUGGUAGCUUUGUAACGACCCCAUUUACCCUCCGACACGGGUCCAUCCGAGUCUACCAAUCAGGUUUCUCUGUGGCUGUCAGUACAGAUUUUGGCCUGCUGGUCACCUACGAUGCCAAUCACUAUGUCAGAAUCUCAGUACCCUAUGAGUACCAGAAUGCAACCUGUGGCCUGUGUGGCAACUUCAACUUCCAACCUAACGAUGACUUCCGAACCCGCGGUGGGCAGCUUGUGAGCUCAGACGUGGAGUUUGCUAACAGCUGGAAGGCAGAAGGGGACACUGACCCUGGCUGCCAGGACGUGCGAUGUGCAGGACUUGCUUGUGCUUCCUGUACCCAUAGCCAAAGGACUCUUUAUGGAAACACAGCCCACUGUGGUAUCUUAAGCAACAGUGUCGGUCCAUUUGCCUCCUGUCACUCAAGGCUGUCUUCACAGACCUUUAUAGAAAACUGCGUAUAUGAUCUUUGUGUGGGCGAUGGCUACCAGCCCAUUCUCUGCCAAGCACUGAAUGUGUACGCUGCCCAGUGCCAACAAGAGGGCAUCCAGUUGGGCCAGUGGAGAAGCCAGGGAUUCUGUGAAAUCCCCUGUCCAGCCAACAGUCACUUUGAGUCUCAAGGAACUGGAUGCCCUGCAACCUGCAGCAACCCCAACGCCCCCCAGAAUUGCCCUCUGCCCAGCCAGGAGAGCUGCAUCUGCAAUGCUGGCUAUGUCCGAAGCGGUGGGGAGUGCGUUCGGCAGAGUGACUGUGGCUGCACCUUUGAGGGGCGGUACUACACAGCUGGGGAGACAGUGGUGCUAGACCAGGACUGUGGGAGACGUUGCAACUGUACUCAAGGGUCAAUGAUCUGCCAGGCACACAGCUGCAGUGAGCUUGAGGUGUGUGGGGUCCACGGUGGGGUGCGGGGCUGCAGACCUGUCAGCUUCUCCACCUGCUGGGUGGAGAGCUUUGGGUCCUACCGCACUUUUGAUGGACAGACCUUCCACUACCCAGGUGCAUGUAGUCUGACGCUGGCUAGGGUCAGGGGACAAUCUGAAUUACCUCACUUUCAAGUAACUGUUGAGAAAGUUCCCACAGGCCCAAGAGAUUUUGACAGACAUCUGAAGUUUGAAGCAGAAGAUACACAAGUCUCGGUGGAGAUGGGAGAGGGAGCCACAACUAAGGUGGAUGGGCAAACAGUGGGCCUUCCGUUCAGCGUCAGCCCCGGUCAUAUUAGCAUCUACCACAGCAGUGUAAAGGGUGUUGUCAUAGAGACCAACUUUGGAGUGCUGGUGAGAGCUGACUGGCCAAACGUCAUCCGCAUCACCGCUCCAGGCAACUACAACGGCACUCUGGGAGGCCUGUGUGGAAAUCUGAAUGGAGACCUUCGUGAUGACUUCCUCUCCCCCACUGGAAUUCCCCUCAACGACUCUCAGCAGUUUGGGGACAGCUGGAGAGAUGGCUCCCUGUCAGCACACUGUGUAGAACCUCAGGUAUGGGAACCUGGACACUACCAGAACACCAGCCAGUUCAGGGAGCUCUGUGGCAUUAUGGGAUGGGGACAUGGGCCUUUUGGCCAGUGCCAAGCAAGUCUUGACCCCUGGAGCCGAAUUGAAGACUGUGUCCAGACUCUAGUGAGGACGCAAGGUGCUCGAGAGGGACUGUGUGAGGCACUGCGUGGCUACGCCCUGCUUUGCCAACAGAGUGGCAUCACAGUAGGGGAAUGGAGGAACAUCACUAACUGUGAGGCAACUUGCCCAUCUAACAGCCAUUAUGAGCUAUGUGGUACGUCCUGCCCAGCUUCCUGCCCAAGCCUGUCUUUCCCCUUCUUGUGUACCCAGCAGUGCCAGGAGGGGUGCCAGUGUAAUGACGGGUUCCUCCUGAGUGGGGAUCGCUGUGUGCCACCCACAGGUUGUGGCUGCCACCACGGUGGGCAUUACAGACAGAGUGGAGAGCGCUACUGGUACGGCGAGGAGUGCCAGUUCCUGUGCCAGUGUAAUGGCAUUACUGGGCAGUCGCAUUGCACCACCUCUUCUUGUAGUGCUCAGGAGUCUUGUCGAAUUGUGGAAGGACAGUAUGGCUGCCAUCCCAAACCUGAGGCCACCUGCUCGGCCUCUGGAGACCCACACUACACCUCCUUUGACAGACGCACCUUUGACUUCCAGGGCACUUGUCGUUACGUCCUGGCAUCAGUGUGCAAUGGAACACAAGGCCUACCUCACUUUCAGGUGGAGGCCAGGAAUGAGGCAUGGAAUGGUCUGCAGGUCUCCAUCACUGUGGCUGUUUAUGUCAAUGUGUCUGGACAUCUCGUGUACAUCUCAAAAUACAACCAGGGAACCGUGCAGGUGAAUGGCGAGACAAGAAACUUGCCGAUCGUUCUUGAUCAGGGAAGAGUGUCAGUGUAUGCCAACGGGCUUCACACAUUUGUGAAAACAGACUUUGGUCUAACUGUCAGUUAUGACGGCCAGUGGGUGUUGGACAUCACAGUACCAUCCAACUACAGUGGAGCUACAUGCGGCUUGUGUGGCAACUUCAACGGUUUCCAGGGUGAUGACUUUACGGUCCAUAACGGCAGUUCAGGCUCUGUUGCCCUCUCUGUUUCUGAGUUUGGAGACUACUGGAAGGUUGAUGACGGCAUUCCCUGUACUGGAGGAUGUGGAAACUCCUGCCCAGUGUGUCGAGAUGACUGGAGAGCCCGUGCCAUGUGUGAGCUACUCAGAGCUAGCAAUGGACCACUGAGCUUCUGCCAUUCCCAUGUGGACCCCCAGCCAUUCUUCAACGACUGUGUCUUUGACGUGUGCUUGUCUGGUGACAGAAGCGAAGUCCUCUGCCGUGCAAUGGAAGCAUAUGUCAGCGCAUGCCAAGAGAAAAAUGUCAUUGUCUACCCCUGGAGACAAAACUCCACCUGCCAAAUGGAGUGUCCAGAAAACAGCCACUACGAUCUGUGUGGCACAGAGUGUGGGCACACCUGUGCCAGCAGCAUUGAUGCCAGCUGUGACAGGACGUGUGCUGAGGGCUGUUUCUGCAAUGAUGGAUUUGUGAGGAGCGGGGGGCGCUGUGUGCCUGUGGAGCAGUGUGGCUGUCUUUAUGAUGGCUUCUACUUUGAUAUCGGAGAACAGUUCUGGACACAGGACUGUUCACAGCGCUGUGAGUGUUUUGCCCCCAAUGACCUUCGCUGUAUCCAGUCCUCUUGCCCUCCAAGUCAGGAAUGCUCUGUCAAAGAUGGCCGCCGGGGUUGCUAUGGGCACCUGUCAGCCUGCACGGUCUGGGGAGACCCCCACUACUUCACCUUUGAUGGGGCUGUGGCUCACUUUCAGGGCACCUGUGCUUAUGAGAUUACCCACACCUGUGGCAACAUGAGUGAUGAUGCCUUGACCUUCCGCAUAGUAGCCGCUAACAGUCACCGUGGCAACUUAAUUGUGUCUUUUGUGUCCACUGUGGAUGUGUGGCUCUCUCAGGGAGGAGUUCAAAGCCACAUCAGCAUUGGACAGAACAGGAGAGUCAAGAUUGAUGGCCAAGAUAACAAUGCAAACAGCAUUCACAUUGGCUCCCUGGCACAGUUGACUCGUGAGUCUGGAUUUGUGGUUGUGAAUGCCUCAGGGGAGUUGGUGGUCCAGUUUGAUGGUCGUAGUAGACUUCUAGUCAGACUGAGUCCAGAUUAUCACCAAUCUGUGUGUGGAAUGUGUGGCAAUCACAAUGGCAACCCAGCAGACGACAAAGUUCUGCCCAAUGGCACUCUGGCCCAGACUGACAGGGAAUUCGGUGAAAGUUGGAAAUCAGAUGCAAGCAGUCCUGGAUGUGGAGCCAGUGACCGAAUUGGUGACGACACGUGUGUAUUUGAAGCAGAAUACACAGAUCUGUGCAGCAUCAUCACCAACAGCAGUGGCCCAUUCCAGCAGUGCAACCUGCAUGUUGACCCACAGGCGUACUUCACUUCCUGUGUGUACGAUCUCUGUGCCUACACACCAGCCAAUGGCAUGCUGUGCUCAGCAGUGGAGGCCUAUGAGACAGCUUGCAAUGUGCUGGGGCUCCAAACACCAGAAUGGCGUUCUGCACUGCAUUGCUCUGCAGUUGACCCUUGUGAAGAGCUGGACUGCACUGAGGAGGAGUGGUGUGGCCAAAAAGAUGGAGUCUACGGCUGCUUCUGCAAUGAGGAUCACCCGAGACCUCAACCUGAGUGCUAUGACUCUGUUGAGUUCUGUUCCAGCAGCACAGGCACCAUGUCUUUGUCUCGCUGCCAGCUGUUUGAGGCAGGCUUCUCGUCUGACACCCUCCGCCUCAACGACCCCAGCUGCAACGGCACACUCCAAGAUGGCAGAGUGGAGUUCCUCUUCGACAAUGACAACCACGUUUGUGGAACCUCGCUAAGGAGCAACAGCACCCACUUCAUCUAUGAGAACUCCAUCCAUGGGGAGGCCAACUCAGCCAGCGGUCCCAUCAGCAGAGAGAGACGGAUAAACCUGCUCUUUUGCUGUGUCUACCCCCUCACACAGACCCUCUCCAUGAAUAUAGAAAUCAACCCACUGGAGAGCCGUAUUACUAAGAAGCUACCAGGAGGGGAAGGAAGCUACCAUGUCCGUAUGAUUCCCUAUGAAGAUGCAGGAUUCUCCCAUGCGUUCUCUGGGAGGGUGAAUGUGGCGGUGAAUCAGCAGAUCUAUGUGGCUGUCCAAGUGGACGGAGUCGAUAGCCGUCAGAUUGCCAUGGUGAUCGACUCCUGCUGGGCCACUCCAGUCAAUCAGCCAAACUACCACAUCCGAUGGGACCUCAUCAGAAACAGGUGUGCUAACCCCAAUGACAAUACAGUGGAGCUGGUGGAGAAUGGGGUCAGUACAACAGGCCGAUUCUCCUUCAGGAUGUUCACCUUCAAUGCAAACUCCUCCAAGGUUUACCUGCACUGCAGCAUCCACCUGUGCUUGGUGGCAAACAAUGACUGCACAGCCCACUGUUACCCAGGUUACCAUCAGAGGCAUCGACGUUCUGUUGAUUUCCAUGACAGCGCCUCCAUCUCACUGGGGCCUCUGGUUUUGGCCAAUGGCAAUGAAGAGGGAAGAAACAUGUUUGUCCCACAGCCUGUGAGGGUGUCUAAGGCCUCGGGUCUGACUGCAUCUCUGAUGGUCCUGCUCCUCUCUGUUCUCCCUCUCAAGGCUCUGCUCAUCUAACACACAACACAACACAACACAACACACAGCUCAGCUAUAUAAACAGCUACACAACACAACACACAGCACAGCUACACAACAGCAACACAACACAACACGACACGACACAACACAGCUAACAGCAACACAACACACAGCAUAGCACAGCUAUAUAAACAGCUACACAACACAACACAUAGCAAAGCACAGCAGGGCUAUAUACAGCUAUAUAAACAGCUACACAACACACAGCACAGUUAUACAACAGCAACACAACGCAACACAACACACAGCACAGCUACACAAUACAACAUAACACACAGCACAGCUGCACAACAGCUACACAACCACCUGGUCUGACACACACACACACACACACACACACAUUCAAAAAUGAAAGGACAAGAAUUUCACACAUAUAAUUUACAUUAUGGCCCUUUGUGUGUAUGGAAAAUAUAUUGGUUCAUUCAACAGUGAUCUUACUGUGACAAGAAUGCACAAUUGUAUUCAGUGUCUUUAUAAAGGACUGUUGUGACACUCAGUGAACAGUAACCACAGUAAUGGGAAUAGGUGAACAGACAUAUGGAAGGACCCACAGAGAAAGUGUAAAGAGUUUCCUGACACUUUUAUAUGGGUACGUUUCAACAUUUGAAGAUUUAAAAAUACUGUGAUGAUAUAUGGGCUGUAUGCAGUGUUUUAGAACCCUAGGCUUUUUUCAGGACAAUUUUAUAAUGGCUUUGAUUUUUAAGCUCUUAUUUUGGUCAUUAUAAGGGCCA